GAUCUGGGUUUGAUCAAACCAAGAUCUGCUCUCCUUUCUCUUUCUUCUCUAGAAUCCUCCAGUCUUUGCUUUCGUCUUCCCCAGAUCUCACCUUUUUGUGCCCGGCAGCCCUUGGGCUUGCCGGAUUUUUGAUGCUUGAGCUGCCGGGAUCUCGGGUUGCUCAAGCAUGAUGGAGCCGAUUUCAUGCUCCCAGUUCCGAUGACCCUUUUGGGGUCUGUCGACUUUUGGACCCCUUCUGGUGAUCCGGUGGCUACCAGCCCAUUACGCAGAUCUCCAAAGGUGGUCGUCGGAUUCCCAAAUCUAGUGGCCAUGAAGCCUCUCACGGGAGAUGGUCACCGCCUGAUGGGAUCUCCAUGCCCCGGUGUCCUUGAUUCAAGAAUCGCUGUAGUUGCGCCAGCAUAUGAGCAUGGAGACGCAGCGUCGCAUGAUGUAGAAUCGAGCUCUUUGUUCUUUAACCAAUCGCGCGCAUUUUCUGGUGAAAGAAUACCGCCGCUACGACGAAUUCUUCAUGAGCGACGAAUUUGAAGAUCGACUUCGAGAUGAACCUUCCUUCUUCGACAGCUUCCACUUCUUGUCGAAAUAGAAGUUCGGCUGUGCGGUCGCAGUUGUAGCCAGCGCGGUAGCCAUGGAAUCGAUUCUCAAGGAGUAGUAGUAGGUUUAGGGUUUUGAAUUUGAAAAGGAAAUGAAAAGAGAAACGAAGAUAACUUGUGAUUUUUGGGGAACUUGAUUGAAAUUGGAAAAAGAGAAAACAAAAUUUUUAUGUGGGC